AUGGUUGGACGACGAUCGAGAGAGGAUCGAAAUGCAAUCAAUCGCGGUCGUCGUGAACGCACAUCGUUCAAUCGAAUGCAAUUGGAACAACUUGAGGCGGUCUUCAAACAAACACAAUAUCCCGAUCUCUAUCGGAGAGAAGAACUCGCUCGAUUGAUCCAGCUGCCUGAAGGCAGAGUACAGGUUGUUCAGGUGUGGUUCAAGAAUCGUCGAGCGAAAGAUCGACAAGCGAAAAAGAAUGGAGAACGAUUUCAUGGAAGGACCCCAUCUGGUUCAUCGAGUGCCGAAACGCCUCCACCCGAGCCACCCAAAGCAAUCUCGUCAAUUCCGCCUCUUAUCGACUACAAGCCAAUGACAAUCCCGUUGCCUGGAACUGCUGAAUUUGAUAUGAGGAACGAAGCAAAGUAUGCAACCCUCGGACUACAGCCUUCUACCGCCUCCACUUUCACAAGUCAAAGCAUCAAGUACACAACAAUGGAGAAGGUGAAGGAAGAGAACAAGUUCGAGAAGCAGUAUUUAGAGGGGAAAUACACCGAGCCAGCUGCCACAACGACAGACUUCUCCGCUUGGUCUCCUUACGGCGGUCCGACAAUCAACUACUCCUUUUACAAUCACAUUUACACAACAACUCCUCCAUAUUAUUACACGGAUCCUUAUGCUGGAUACAAUACUAAUCCAGCUCCUUAU